UAACUCGUAAACCUCAUCUACAUCUAUACGUCCACAGAAUGACAUUUUCUACCAGAAAUGCGUACUACCUCAGGGUAUCAAAUUAUCGAGUCAUCCCUCUCUUUCUGUACCUCGAUGAGCGCCAUGUCGACUGGAUGUCUGAUCGAGUCUUGCAGCUUGUCAUAGCAUCUCUACAGCACAAGCUUCCUAAUAUGCUGUGGAACGCAAGAGGAGAGAAGAAGCACAAAGUCCAUGUCGAGCGUGGUGAUGAUUACCAGUUUUGUUAUUUCCUGCGGUCGACGACUCGUACAGAAGUUGUCCUCUUGAAAAGCAAGACAGUCUCUCUCCGUCCGCCAACACCCCCUCCCGCAGUCCUUUCAGAACCUCAAGGCUCCAAACGUAAACGACCAACUCAAUCGAGAAGAUCGAACAGUAAGGCUCCCAGACAAAGUCGGGCUGGAACGAGGGCAAGCUCAAGAGCGAGGUCUGUGUCUGUACGAUACCACGACGGAGAGGAAGAGGAGGAGGAGGGGGAUCGGUAUGAGGAAGAAGAGACAGAGACAUUUGAAGGGGAGAAUGCGAUGAGAGGAUAUGAUCCAGAUGGGAUUCAAGUCAAAGCUGAGCCUGAUCCCGAUGAGGAGGAGGACGAGUUUGCUGGACAGCCUAAUAUCAAAGAUUGGAAACCCGACGUCGACGUGACUUUUAAAGGUUUCGGCACAUCAUCCAUCCAACUCGUCCUGAUCAUCGAACCCUACCCACCCCUCCCGCCUUCCCAAUACGCUCCCCCUUCAUCCCGCUUAUCUUCCCGUUCUGCGUCCGUCAUGUCCUCCCACUCUCGCGCACGUUCGUCCCAAACACGGCUACGGGGUGAACGUGAAAGUGGGCGAUAUUCUUCCACCAGUCUAUCCCUUUCUGUUGCUCCUGAUGGUUCAACGGGAGGAGGCGAAGGGGGAGGGGUGAGGGGGGAUAAUAUCGCGAAUAUGCGAAACGCUUCUCGCGCACCCUCGGUAGCCAACUCCCGAAGAGGCGGGACCAGUACGCCCUUCCGAGAGGAAAGUUCUACCCCCGGUCUCUCUGGUUCCGGAGGUAUGGGCAGCCGACGAAGAAUGUCACAAACGCCAUUGUUCAUGCCGAGGGAUACGCCGUUUGACGACGAUGAAGAAGAUGAAGAAGAGCAUGAGAUGUACCUUUCCGCUUUGGCGGAAGGUCGGGAGCGGUUACCUUCUGUUUCCCACCCUGCUGGUGAAGGACGAGAACGAGGACGAAGGAGGGGGAGGGGGAGAAAAGAAGAGGAGGAAGAGGAAGAGGAUGUACCGGAGAGUGUGGUUGAUAUAGGGGAGAGAUUGGUGAGGAAUAGUGAGAUUGAGCAAGGGGUUGUGAGAGUGCAAGGAGGUUGGGAAGAGAGAGGGGACGGCGAGGAGAGCGCUGUCAUGGGUAGGGACGAGCCUGGAGAUUAAUUUUCGGUGAUCCGUUGAGCUCGACUUUUGAAGGCAAAUUCUAUACUGCAUUUAAAAGACAAUAAAACGUAAAAUGCACAGGUA